AUGUCGGGUCAUGUACUCUCACCGUCGGUGAAAGAUAGUACCAAGUCCCCCUUGGAGGCUGAGGACAAUAAGCUUCAGGGCUAUGCCUCUGCUCAGGGUGUCGUGGAUGAGAUUACCCGCGUGGUUGACCACAAGGCCGAGCGACGACUCUGCCGAUGUUUUGAUAUGCGAUUACUUCCAAUUCUAGCCAUCAUGUAUCUCUUCAAUGCGCUGGACAAAGGGAAUCUGGGUAAUGCAAAGACAGAUGGAAUGACCGACGAUUCAUGUGGAUUUAUGCUGAUAAAUUCUGGCGAUUGGAAAGAUCUGCACUUCAAGCCAAAUCAAUACAAUCUUUUGCUAUCGAUAUUCUUCGUCCCGUAUGUCAUUUUUGCGCCCCCAUUCGCCAUGCUUGGAAAGAAAUUCAGUCCAGCUCGCGUUCUACCAAUCCUGAUGUUUUUCUUUGGCUCAUUCACCUUGCUGUCAUCUGCAACGAAUAAUUUCGGUGGCAUGUUCGCCUUGCGUUGGUUCCUGGGCAUGUCGGAGGCGGCAUUCUUCCCGCUGGUCAUAUACUACCUGACCACCUUCUAUCGUCGUGGUGAACUUGCCCGUCGACUUGCCGUUUUCUAUGCUGCAUCAAAUAUUGCCAAUGCCUUCGCUGGACUCAUUGCGUUCGGUGUAUUUCAGAUCAAAGGAUCGAAAAUCCCAAAUUGGCGAUAUCUGUUCAUUAUUGAAGGUGGAGUGACGGUCAUCUUCUCAGUUUUCGCCUUCUUUUACCUUCCGAAAAGUGCUGCGGAAGCAAGCUUUCUAUCACCGGAACAGAAGGCACUCGCACAUCAUCGUAUUCAGGUCGAUUCCAGUGCAGUGGUAAAUGAAGAGUUCCGCUUCCGCGAGGCCUUGGCCAUUUUUAAACAUCCGACUACAUACUUCUUCCUAUGCAUUGAAAUAUGCCUCGGAGUACCGCUGCAAGGUGUGUCUCUCUUCAUGCCUCAGAUCGUGGCUCGAUUGGGCUAUUCAACUGUUAAGACCAACUUAUACACCGUUGCACCUAAUGUGACCGGUGCAGUGAUGCUACUAGUCCUUGCCUUCACGUCUGAUUUCACCCGAUUACGCUCACCCUUCAUUGUGCUGGGCUUUUUGUUUACAUUUAUUGGGUUCAUAAUCUACGCAUCGAUCAGUGACGUUCACAAAGAAGUGCAAUUGGCAUAUUUCGCAACCUUCAUGAUGACCUGGGGCACAUCAGCCCCCUCUGUUCUGCUCAGUACCUGGUACAAUAACAAUAUCGCUCACGAGGGUCGUCGUGUGCUGCUGACGAGUAUUGGUGUGCCGCUAGCCAAUCUGAUGGGUCUAGUGAGCAGCAACGUGUUCCGUGAUCAGGAUGCACCGAAAUAUAUGCCGGCUUUGAUAACAGUCGCUGUGUUCGGGGCUACUGGAGCCUGUCUCGCUGGUUUUCUGGGACUGUACAUGUGGCUGGACAAUAAGCGGCGCGACCGACGUGACGGAGUCACGAUUCAUGCUCGAGAUAUUCCGACAGAAAACAUGAAAGAUGGACCUUCAUCUCCAGAGUUCCGGUGGUUCCUAUGA